AAUAAUAAAAGCGUGACGAAACUGGCACGCUCCUCGCGUACGGACGGACUGGCAUGGAGGUUGCGUCGUUUGCGGCCACGAAAAUGACAUCGCGCGACGGUAUUCUCCGUAAAUUAUAACCGUCGUGUUCUCUUGCGCCGUUCAAGGUUUACUCACCGAUGUCACGUGUAAAGUCCACGUGAGGUUACUGCUCGAAAAGCGCUCGAACACCGACGGUCGAGUGAAAGGAUAUUCGCCGCUCUCGCGAUGAACAGCAGCAGACUGACGUUACUCGUGUUCGCGAGUAUUUUCGCCGCGAGCCACUCCACCACCGAAGACCUGGGCACGAUCGUUUUCGCAAACGUUUUAUACAGACAUGGCGAUAGAACUCCUAUCGCUCCUUAUCCGACCGACCCUUAUCGCAAGGAGACUUCCUGGCCGGUUCCAUAUGGAGAAUUGACGAAUCUUGGUAAACACCAGCAGUUGCUUCUUGGCCGUUGGCUGCGGAAACGAUACUCCGAUCUCCUGCCCGCUGUUUACUCGCGAUACGAUAUCUGCGUCCGCAGUACGGACGUGGACCGCACGUUGAUGUCGGCCGAGGCGAAUCUAGCGGGACUCUACCCACCGGUGAGGGACCAAGUCUGGGACCGUAUCAAGUGGAUGCCAAUUCCGGUACACACCAUUCCAGAGGAGCAAGAUCACGUGUUGAGCGGCAAGAAAUACUGUGCGCGCUACAAGUACGAGCUGGAGAAAGUCCUGACGUCGCCGGAAAGGAAGCGGAUAAAUCAGGCGAACGCGAAGCUCUACAGCUACUUGUCCCAGAACACCGGCUAUAAAGUUUCUUCGUUGGAGAAUGUCGAACAUUUGUACAAUACCUUGUAUAUCGAGAAUUUAUACAACAAAACUCUACCACCGUGGACAAGGUCAGUAUUUCCGGAUAAGAUGAAGCCUCUCGCUGAGCUCAGUUUCACAACUGACGCGUACAACCAGAUACUUCAGAGGUUGAAAUCAGGUCCACUGCUUGGGGAAAUGAUAGACCACAUGGUAAAGAAAUCGCAGAAUGAGUUGGAACCCGACAGAAAAGUGUGGAUAUACAGUGCCCAUGAUCAAACUAUCGCAAAUCUGCUGAUGACCCUCAAGUUAUUUGAGCCGCACUGUCCACCUUAUGUCGCCACGGUUCUCGUAGAGUUAAGGACAAACCCCAAAAACCAGUAUUUUGUAACGGUUUCUUACAAGAAUAGUAGCGCGGAACCGAUACUUAUGACGUUACCGGGCUGUACUACGUUGUGCCCUUUAGACAAUUUUAUUACUUUGACUAAAGAUGUUGUACCUGAGGACUGGGAACGAGAAUGUCUAUUUAAGACGGAACAAUACGAGUACAACCUAAACGCAGCAGUAGUUAUAACGACCCUGACGUUAUCUAUAGUAUUGGUACUUUUACUAGUUCUACUAAUAAUCGGCUGCAUGUAUCUGCGUGAUAAAAAGGAACACAAGCAGUAUUAUUUUCGUCUGACAACCGACGCCAUAUAACGAAUAUUGGCGCAAAUCAUCAUAGCGAAAAGCGAGAAAGAAAUAUAAUUAUUAAUUACUAAUCAUUGAUGUGCUCGCGCGAUUAAAUUGACGUCGUGACGUUUUUAACCGAUGUAUGUAACGAGUAUUUCAUCCCGAGUACUGUACUCAAACUCGGUCGGAAAAAAUGCUCUGUUGGCGACAGAGAAAAAUGAUGCAGAAAAGACGGUCUCUUCUACGUGAUUGUGUGAUUAAGCACGGACGUAGCAAUAUUAUGAUUUCAAGAUCCAUUGCACGACCGAAUUAAUCGGCUUCCUCCCAGGAAAUAGUAUUUCCCAUUUAUGGAUAACCGAUAUAAAAUAUAUUAUGCCUAAAUAUAGAUAAUAAAUAGAUAAAUGUAGAUCAAUAUGACCGGAUGAAAUUCGGGCUGAAAUAUUCGAUACGUACAACAAUUUAAGUUACUUAGACUAAUUAUUUUCUUAUACACUCUAACUUUACGACAAUUAAUUUACAAUGGACGGUAGAUCUUUUUUUUAAGCCAUCAAGUUUUAUUCGUAGAUAUGGAGAAGAUCGUUAAUUUCGUGAAUCUGCAACUCCUCUGUUCUCAAAUGUUCGAUCAUGUGAUAUUGUAAAUUUUCUUGUACCAGUACCAUUUAUCAGUAGGUUAUACUGAACUGUUACCUAUGUUCUAAGCAUAUCUUGAGCUCAUUUUCACGAAGUGAAUGUUCGCUGUCAUACCUCCGUGAGCCGCAUCGCGCGCGCGCGUAUGUGUGUGUGUGUAUAUGUGUGCUUAUUUUUACACAAGGGAAAUUUGUUAAAAAAAUUUUAGCAGAAAUAAGUCCGACCAUUGAGAUAAUAAUAACGAUUUAUACCGCGCACGUUUACUUAAAAAAUACGUGGAUCUCUGAUGCACGAAUUAAACACACGGCAAAUUUUAAAAGACUAUUUGAAAGAAAAAGAGGAGGGAGGGAGGGAGGGAGGGGGGA